GGAAGUGGGACCAAAACAAAGGAGCGGCGGCCGGGAGGCGAGCUGCGUCUUCUCGUCCCGGUUCCGCGCCCGGCCGUGGCCGCCGACCCCGCGGGAGCGGUUGCGAUCAUGUCCAACAUGGAGAAACACCUGUUCAACCUCAAGUUUGCGGCCAAAGAACUGAGCCGGAGCGCCAAGAAAUGCGACAAGGAGGAGAAGGCCGAGAAGGCCAAAAUUAAAAAGGCCAUCCAGAAGGGCAACAUGGAAGUGGCGAGGAUCCACGCCGAGAACGCCAUCCGCCAGAAGAACCAGGCGGUGAAUUUCCUGAGGAUGAGCGCGAGGGUCGACGCGGUGGCUGCCAGGGUGCAGACGGCCGUGACGAUGGGCAAGGUGACCAAGUCGAUGGCCGGCGUGGUGAAGUCCAUGGACGCGACGCUCAAGACCAUGAACCUCGAGAAGAUCUCGGCCCUGAUGGACAAGUUCGAGCACCAGUUCGAGACGCUGGACGUGCAGACGCAGCAGAUGGAAGACACGAUGAGCAGCACGACGACGCUGACCACUCCCCAGAACCAGGUGGAUCUGCUGCUCCAGGAAAUGGCCGACGAGGCCGGCCUCGACCUCAACAUGGAGCUGCCGCAGGGGCAGACGGGCUCGGUGGGCACGAGCGUGGCGUCGGCCGAGCAGGACGAGCUGUCGCAGAGACUGGCUCGCCUCCGGGACCAGGUGUGAGGGACGCGGUGGGGGCAGCGGGGCGGACCGGACGCCGAGGCCCGUGGCCCUGGGGGAGUCGGCGGCCCGUGCCCCGGGGGUCCUCCGCCAGUGCCCCUGGGGGAGUCGGUGGCCCUUGCCCCUGGGGGAGUCGGCGGCCCGUGCCCCUGGGGGUCCUCGGCCAGUGCCCCUGGGGGAGUCGGCGGCCCCUGAUCCUGGGGGUCCUCGGCCCUUGCCCCUGGGGGUCCUCGGCCUCCGCAGCCCGUGCCCCUCAGUGCCCAAGGCGCUUGUCCCUUGGGGUCCGCGGCCCUCUUUACCUGCGCUGGGAACGCCAGCCUCUCGCCACUCCCAGCUGGAGUUUAAAGUUCUGUAUAGCUUGUGACGACGAUGUGUAUUUUUAUAGCCGCCUUCUAACGACUAGCUAAUUUGGUGUUUACAGAUCGUUGGAAAUCGAACAACGCUCUGGUUUCCGUGUGUUCAGUGUAAUCGGUACUGUCUGGGUUGGGAGAUGCCGCCUGAACAACUCCGGAAGGGGAAUGGGUGGUUCCUUUCAUGCCUCGUGGGGCAGUGACUCAGUGACUGUAGGUUUCUGUGUAUCCUUCAUUUUGCUUGCCCCUCGGAACAGCACUGCAAUUGACUAUUGGUCUGUUCUCAGAACUUAUACUAAAAUGAUCGGAGAAUUCUUGCGCAUUAACGCUCUGGUGCUGCCUAAGUUCUGUUCACUUCUCAUAGCUUGAGGAAAUGCCACCGAGCCUCGGGGGUCAGGAACAGUUAGGGUGCACUUUCUAUUUACCCGUUGUUUUUUUUUUUUUUUAACAGACAGAAGGCUUAAGGUUGGACAGUUUCGCUUCAAGCAACCCUCUCAGCACCUUGCUGGUUAUUUUUCUGGCUCACACCUGAGUCUUAACAGACUGUGUUAAUUAGCAUGGCAGUCAUAUGACUCAUUCUAGCAUUGCCAAAGAACUGGUGAUUGUCAAUUGCUUCCGGAAACCCUUGGGACUCUGUGUGUGCGUGCGUGCUUGUGUGUGUGUAGGUUUUGUUUGGGUUUCUUUAACCAAAAGCAGAAAUAAAAUUAGAACUGCAUUUUAGGUUCUAAUUAUUUGCUUUUUUUUUUUUCUUAAAGCAACAAUUAUUUAGGAUACUUGAUAAUGCAGUUUGAAAUGUUUUCUCCAGCUUUUGAGAUCUCGCAUAUGACUCUAGCCAGCCGGAAGUCUGGGAAGAAAGGAUAAGAUGGAGUUGGAAGGACAGAGAUGGAAAGAGACCCAGCUCUGGCACUGUGUGUCUUAACAGGCACAGGCAGUGCGUGUGUAGGCCCCACUUUCUCCCCACCCCCUCAAAACGUGGCCAUUCACCUCACCAAGGACGCAUAGUAACUUCGUCCUUUCCUUCACAGGAAGAUUUCUCUACAGGAGAAUUACAUAUUCUAGAAAAGAAUUAUUGACUGUUCCACAUUCUUUGAAACAUCCAUAAUAACCAGGUGUUCACCAUUGUAACAUGUCUUCCCGUGUGGGUGAGUGUUCAGGAAAAUAAAAAAGUAAUCUGUAUGCUGAGGAGGACAACCUCUGGGGACCUCUGACUGGAGGCUAGUCCGUGUGCUGGAAGGGCCACCCGUUGGUCACGGGCCCAGCAUCCUCUCUCUAGAAGGCCGAGUGUCUGCUCGCACGCAGGUUGCAUUGAAGGAGAGGGGCAGGAGCCAGCACCCCACCUCUAGACUGUAAAUUCGCAACAAGCCUCAGAAACAGCUGAGUGGCGACACCUUUGGCAAAUUUUAAAUCCCUUUUCUAAUGCAAAUAUUCCCAACAAAAUAUAUUUUGUGAGAUUAAACGAUACUUGUAUAUGCUCAGACUUUCUUAAAAAUGUUCACUUCAUACUAUAUGGAUGUACAUUUUUAUGAAUCAUAAAGGUUAUUUUCAAAGGCACUACGGCCCCAUGAAUUAUUUCCUCACUUCUGGAGUUGAUAAAACACUGAAAUGUAAAUCAUAUAAAUUUAUCAAAUAAAUAAAUAAUUCUAAGCUUUACUG